GGGCGGCCAAUGGGAGAGCGGCGAGGAGGCGGCUUUCGCUGGAGACGGCAGUUGAGGUGGGGGCGGCGCGCAGAUAAUUGUGCGUGGAAGGCUGCUGUUCAAGGCUGCCCACUUCCUGCCCUGUGAGGCGGGCAGAGAGAUUGCUGGUCGCAACAUGGCCAAGCUGCACGGGCUGCAAGCGGACUAUGUUUUCCGUGGUGUUGAGCACAUCGUCCGGAUGUCGGUGGAUGGGAACCUUCUGGAAGUAGAAGUGGAGGACCGUCUCACCACGGACCAAUGGCGGGGGGAGUUUGAUGCUGCUUUCAUUGAAGACCUCACUCACAAGACUGGGAAUUUCAAGCAGUUUGGGAUCUUCUGCAGCAUGCUAGAGUCGGCCAUUUCCCAGAGCAGCGAGUCGGUCACUCUGGACCUCCUCACUUACACAGACCUGGAGUCGUUAAGGAACAGGAAGAUUGGAGUGGGUCCCCGGCACACGGCGGCUGCCAAAAACUCCCCGCUGAGCUCCAAGCGCUACCUCAUCUUGAUCUACUCGGUGGAAUUUGACAGGAUCCAUUACCCGCUCCCCCUCCCUUACAUGGGCAAGCCGGAUCCCGUCGUCCUGCAGAAGGUGAUCCGGGAGCUCAAGGAGGAGUUGGCCCUGCUGAAGGCAAAGCCAAGCAAGGAUUUCAGAGAUGCUGAGAUCCGCCGGCUUCGUGACGAGCUGCAGCACACCUUGGAGGAGAAACAGUCAGUGGAGACGGUCUUGCUGGGCCUCCAGGAGGAGCUGAAGCUCACCAACAAGAGCAGCGCCUUUAAGGAGGUCAAAAUCCUCAAGAAGGUCGUGCAGAGCCUGGAGGAGGAGCUGACCAAGGAGAGAGCGAAGCACCAGCGGAUCGCUAACAAGCGCCUGCAGGAGAGCCGGCAGCUUGCCGACGAGCUGGCGGAGAUGAAAGCGACAGAACGGAGCCUCCGGAUUCGCGUGAAGAACCUGACCAACGAGCUGGCUUUGUACAAGAAAGGGCGCUUCACCCCCUCCGGACCAUCUCCCCAGAACCACCCCGCGCCCCCUCGCAAUUUUGCGCACCCCACCCUGUCCCGAGGCAGCACCAAGAAGAGAGACGUCCGCCGCUCCACCUCGGAGGAGCGCUCGAACUCCCGGGAGCGCAGCGGCGCCUGGGGGCCCAGCCGGCAGAGGUCCACCUCCAGGGAGGGGCGCAGCGGGAGCCAGGGCCGCCUUCCUCGACAGUCCCCAUCUCCUACAGGACCCCGGGCACCACGCUUUGACCCCACCGCCUUUGUGAAGGCCAAGGAGAGGAAGCAGAAGGAAGCGGAGCAGAAAAAAGAGCGAUGCCUGCGGCGGGGGAUGGGAGACACCCCGCCCAGCGGUUGGUGCCACCGCCUGCAGUCCAGGGGCCCCUCGGCUUUCAGCACCAGCGGUCUCGGGAAAAGCCGGGGCAGGAGUUCUUCAGUGGAAAGCUUCCGCAGCCGGCGCUCAUCCGCAAGCUCAGGGAGCGAACUGGACGAUUACUCUGAGCCUGCUGCCCCAAGGGGGAGGAAGCGAGCAGUGAGGGGCAGGAAGCCUCUGAGUUCCUCAUCCUGGAAUGGCAGUACCGUGAUUCCCCACACGGAUGGUGGCCACAGGAAGCACCUGGCCAGCACGCCUACUACAGGCCUGCGAGCGGACAAAGAGAACCUAUACGACGAGCCAUCAGCUGACCUCUCGGAGAUUGACGCUCGACUGCAGGCGCUGCAGGAAUACAUGAAUAAACUUGAGACCAGAACGUAACCCCUGGAGUAGAACAAAUUAAGAGGGCCGCUGGGCCAGAAUACAGGGAGCCUCCUUCCCCCACCCACCCCGGUUUGGAGUCCUCCUUCGGGCUUCUUUAGACAGAGGCAUGGGCCGGAAAGAGAUGGUGGCGUGAAGCAUGGGUUUGUAAACAUUCAUGUACAGCAAGCACACACAAAAGUGGGUGCCUUGAGGGACUAGAAGCUUCAGAGUUCCCCCCCCCCUUCUCUGAUGCUGCUUAGGACCUGGUCGAUGUGUAGCUUGCUCGAGAUACAGGGCACUGAACCCUUUAGCCUUACUUAGCCCUUUUGUACCCAAUCUUGCCUUUAAAAACGGGGAGAUGGAGCCCCCUUCGGCCAUCAGAUCAUCCUUCUUUAAGACUCCCCUCCUAAUUCCAGCUGCUCUCUCGCCCCUUUAGUUCCGAGCCUUUAAGAAACCAGGGUGUGCAGCCUGAGAUCAAAAUCGGGCCCUCCCUCGCUGAUUGCUCUCAGGCAGGCCUCCUUCCUGGGACAAAGACAAUGACUUCACUUUUUGGGAGUCGCUCCCCUUCCCUCCAGUUGCUUCCAGGCCCGUCUCUGGCCUGGAGGUGCUGGCUGCUUUGGGGGCACAAAUUCAGAUCUCUCUUCCCGGGGGGUGGGGAGAAGGGUAGGAAUUUCUUGGCUCAAAAGACUGGCCAAGUGAGAGAUCGCAGGCUUAGCCGGAAAAUCUUUGGGCUGCCUGUGAGAGAUCCUACUAGGGAAUAGUUCCACUCACCAGUUUUACUUCUCAGCUAGGCACCAAAGGAUAGCUGAACUGUUGCAGCCACUGGUUUUAACAUUUUCCUUUUAAAGAACUGCUUUUGCCCAGCCUGUUUAGACCUGGUAUCUCUUCUGGGUUAGAUGGUGGUGUGUUAAACAGCAUCCUUGUUCCCUCGGCUGUGCAGCGGGGAGCCUGUUCCCAGUUGUGACAUAUCCUUUUGGCCUGUUUUGACUGCUUGCUUGAGCCAGGCUCCUUUGCAAGGAGCAAAUGCAGCUGGAGUUGUGUCGGUCUACCCUCUAGCAGGCUGGUUCGUAAACUUAUGUGUGGUCUCUUCUAAACAUUCCAUGAAGUUCACUUGACAGCUUUUAAUGGAUGGUGGUCGCCUGUUUUCCCGGUCUGCCCAUCUCCCAGUGUGUGUCUUGCUGUGUGGUGCUGUGUGCAGUGAUCCUAUUUUGUAAAUAAACACUUCUUUUCUAACA